UGAUUCUCUCUCCUCAUCUUCUUGUGUCCCGCUCAAAAGUCUUACCACCACCCAGGACCCGCUCCUCCUGCCCGUGGAUUAUCUGAUGGACCCCAGAAGGUGACAGUACUGACUACAAUGCUGUCAGGCCGGUGGUGGUCAAGUACCCGGGGCAGCCUUGGGCUGGGGCCCCAAAACCCUUCUCGGGGAUCCCAGCUCUGUGCCCUCUAUGCCUUCACUUACACUGGGACAGAUGGCCGGCAAGUGUCCCUGGCUGAAGGGGACAGGUUUCUACUGCUUCGAAAGACCAACUCAGACUGGUGGCUGGCAAGGCGCCUGGGAGCACCCCCCACUUCUCGACCCAUCUUUGUCCCAGCUGCCUACAUGACAGAGGAAUCUAUCCCUUCCCAGAGCCCAACCACCAUCAGCCCCAGCCAAUCCCUCUGGACACCUGGGCCAAAGUUGUGUCAUGGUUCCGCGAAGGAACUGCAUCUGUCUCAGGAGCCUCCAGGCAGGGCGCAGACCACCUCUAAGCAGCCUCCUCCUCUUCCCCCCAAAAUGUGUAGAAGCGUCAGUGUUACCAAUUUGAGGCCUACCCUCCCGAAACCCUUCCAGGAAGGAGCAAGUGGCAGAUCUCUCUCUCAGGAAGACUUACUGCCAGAGGCCAAUGCCAACACAGCAAGACCCCAGCCCCUCAUGUCAGAGCACCCUGUGUACUGCAACCUAGUGGACCUUCGCCGCUGUCCCCGGUCUCCUCCCCCAAGCCCUGCGUGCCCCCCACUGCAGAGGCUGGACUCCUGGGAGCAGCACUUGGACCCUAACUCUGGACGCUGCUUCUACAUACAUUCGCUGACCGGCUCCAAGUCCUGGAAGCCCCCACGCCGCACUCGCGUGCGGGAGAUGAACCCUGGCUUCAUGGAGGGGACACAGACCCUGAAUAGGGACAAUGGUGUCCUGCAACCUCAGGCAAAGGGCUCAGAAUCUGACACCGCAACCCCAGAACUGCUGGGCCCCCAGGGUUCACCCUACCUCUGCCAGCGCACCUCCCAGCUCCAUCCCUCAGACCAGCCGUCAGCCUUGCAGCCCUCUCGACCUCUGCCGCAAGUCCUGGACGACCCCCAUGAGGUGGAAAAGUCGGGCCUGCUCAACGUGACCAAGAUCGCCCAAGGGGGGCGGAAGCUCAGGAAGAACUGGAGCCCGUCUUGGGUGGUGUUAGCAGGUAACAGCUUGGUCUUCUACCGGGAGCCACCGCCGGCCGCGCCCUCCUCAAUCUGGGGACCAGCGGGUAGCCGACCCGAAAGCAGCGUGGACCUGCGCGGGGCAGCCCUGGCCCAAGGCCGCCGCCUGUCCAGCCGCCGCAACGUCCUGCACAUCCGCACGGUCCCUGGCCACGAGUUCCUGCUGCAAUCAGACCAGGAGACCGAGUUGCGAGCCUGGCACCGCGCGCUGCGGGCGGUCAUCGAACGCCUGGAUCGAGAGAACCCCCUGGAACUGCGUCUGUCAGGUUCGGGACCGGCAGAGCUGGAGGAGCUGAGCGGCGGAGAGGACGACGAAGAGGAGUCCGAGCCGGUGUCCAAGCCACUGCUGCGGAUCGGUGGCCUUCGGAGCUCCAGUCGGUGUCCUGAAGGAACUGAACAGAACCGCGUCCGGAACAAACUAAAGCGGCUUAUCGCAAAGAGACCACCCUUGCAAAGCCUGCAGGAGCGUGGGCUGCUCCGAGACCAGGUGUUCGGCUGCCAGUUGGAAUCACUGUGCCAGCGGGAAGGGGACACCGUGCCCAGCUUUGUGCGGCUCUGCAUCGCUGCUGUGGAUAAGAGAGGUCUAGAUGUAGACGGCAUUUACCGGGUGAGCGGGAACCUGGCAGUGGUCCAGAAACUUCGCUUCCUGGUGGACAGAGAGCGUGCGGUCACCUCCGAUGGGAGGUAUGUGUUCCCAGAACAGCCAGGACAAGAAGGCCGAUUAGAUUUGGACAGUGCUGAGUGGGAUGAUAUUCACGUGGUCACUGGAGCCCUGAAGCUUUUUCUCAGGGAGCUACCCCAGCCUCUGGUGCCCCCAUCGCUGCUGCCCCAUUUUCGUGCUGCCCUUGCACUCUCCGAAUCAGAGCAGCGUCUCUCUCAAAUACGAGAAUUAAUAGGCUCAAUGCCCAAGCCCCACCGGGACACUCUGCAGUACCUCCUGGAACAUUUAUGCAGGGUGAUAGCACACUCUGAUAAGAACCGCAUGACCCCCCACAACCUGGGAAUUGUGUUUGGGCCAACCCUGUUUCGGCCAGAGCAGGAGACGUCUGACCCGGCCGCCCAUGCUCUUUACCCUGGGCAGCUAGUCCAACUCAUGCUCACCGACUUCACCAGCCUCUUCCCUUGACCGGGGUAAGGAAGAAGACAAAGCGUGCUUCCACUGAUGUCUGUUGACUACCCUUGGUGGGGGUGGGGAUAGUGGGUGUUCUGUUUUGAGGACAUCCCAUUAAAUCCUUUGUCUCCCAGA